AUGCAGCAGUCGGGCCAACGGGGAACCAGGAACACACUUCAACAUGGAAUGGGUCCGGUGCUGGUUAUAGCCCAGUUUUUUGGGGUUCUACCAGUCUCGGGUGUUUGGCCAAGUUCUCGACCGGAAAAGGUUCGUUUCCGCUGGAUUUCUUUGUCCCUGCUGGCUGCUCUGGUUUUGUUCACCUUCUCCAUCGUGGAUUGCGCUUUAUCCUCGAAAGUUGUACUCGAUCAUGGACUCAAAAUCUACACUAUAGGAUCCCUCAGCUUCAGCGUGAUCUGCAUCUUCUGCUUUGGGGUUUUCCUCCUAUUAUCCCGUCGUUGGCCGCAUAUCAUUCGCAGGACUUCGGAGUGCGAGCAGAUCUUCCUGCAGCCGGAAUACGAUUGUGUCCAUGGACGUGGUUACUCCAGUCGCCUUCGCCUCUGGGGUGUCUUUCUCCUGGUGGCUGCUCUCUGCGAACACUCCACGUAUGUGGGAAGUGCCCUCUACAACAAUCACUUGGCCAUUGUGGAGUGCAAAUUGAAUGCGGAGUUCUGGCACAACUACUUCCAGAGGGAGCGACAGCAGCUCUUCCUGGUGCUCCACUUCACGCCCUGGUGGAUACCCUUCAUCGAGUGGACCACUCUGUCCAUGACCUUCGUCUGGAACUUUGUGGACAUCUUUCUGGUCCUCGUCUGCCGUGGCACCCAGAUGAGAUUCAAGCAAUUGCACUGGCGCAUUCGCCAACACGCCAAACAGCAGAUGCCCAAUGAGUUCUGGCAGCGGAUUCGGAGUGAUCUACUGGAUCUUAGCGAUCUUCUGGGGAUAUACGACAAGGAACUGUCCGGGUUGAUAGUCCUCUCCUGUGCCCACAACAUGUACUUCAUAUGUGUGCAGAUCUAUCACAGCUUUCAAUCCAAGGGAAACUACGCAGAUGAGCUUUACUUCUGGUUCUGCCUUUCCUAUGUCAUCAUUCGAGUGCUAAACAUGAUGUUUGCUGCAUCCUCGAUUCCCCAAGAAGCCAGGGAGAUAUCCUACACACUUUACGAAAUUCCCACUGAGUUUUGGUGCGUUGAACUAAGGCGACUCAAUGAGAUUUUCCUCUCAGACCAUUUCGCCCUCAGUGGCAAGGGAUACUUUUUGCUAACCAGACGUUUGAUAUUUGCGAUGGCUGCUACUUUAAUGGUCUACGAACUGGUUCUGAUCAACCAAAUGGCUGGAUCCGAUGUGCAAAAGAGUUUCUGCGAGGGCGGCGUGGGUUCCUCCAAGAGCAUUUUUUCCUAG